CAUAUCCAAAAAUAUUUCUCCAACAAAUUUUGGUUAUGAAAAUGAAAUGCUUUAUUAAGAUUUAAGUAAAAAUAGAAAAGAAAAAGAAAAAAAAGGUUGAGGGCUCGCACAAGACCGCCGGCGGCAUCACAUACAGAGAGAGGGAGGGAGUGCAAUGGCCGGAAAACCAGGUGCUGCGGCUCCAACAUAUUCACCAUCGACCGCUCACCGAAAGAAGAGGCCCACGAUCCAAACCGACUCUGAAUGGGUCCGACCUGAUGGCCGCGGCCUCCCCCAGUGCCGCCCUGCAUUUUUGAAGACCGGGGCAGUGAAUUCUUCCUCAGGGUCUGCUUAUGCCGAGUUCGGAAACACCAAGGUCAUUGUAUCUGUCUUUGGUCCUAGGGAAAGUAAGAAAGCUAUGAUGUAUAGUAAUGUUGGACGGUUAAACUGUAAUGUCAGUUAUACAACUUUUGCUUCUCCUGUCCGUGGUCAGACUCCAGAAACCAAGGAUAUUUCGGCAAUGCUCCACAAAGCUCUGGAGGGCGCCAUUAUACUGAAAUCUUUUCCUAAGACAACUGUUGAUGUCUUCGCUUUGGUAUUGGAAUCUGGAGGAAGUGAUCUUCCGGUAAUCACGUCGUGUGCCAGUCUUGCUCUUGCAGAUGCAGGCAUCAUGUUGUAUGACAUGGUUGCCUCUGUUUCUGUGUCAUGUAUUGGGAAGAAUCUUCUCAUCGACCCUGUAUCAGAAGAAGAAAGCCAUCAAGACGGGGCUCUUAUGAUCACUUGCAUGCCAUCGCGCAAUGAGGUCACACAGAUGACUGUCACUGGGGAGUGGUCGACAACUAAGAUCAAUGAGGCAAUGCAGUUAUGCCUCGAUGCUUGUUCGAAGCUGGGGAAGGUCAUGAGAUCAUGUCUUAAAGAAGCUGCUUCUGCUCCACAGGAUUAGGCACUCUUCCUCAUCUAUUGGGGAAGGAAGAGAGAGAGAGAGAGAGCAUUUAAUGGAUGACGGUGGGAGCAUAUUCCGUGCUGACCGUUAGGGAGCAAGUGUUUUAAAUGGAGGUCACUUGUAACACUGUAAGUGGGACCACCUUUUACCUUUCAUCAAACUUUCGCCAUCAUAUUAGCAUACAAUACUAUAAUUUCGUAUGAUAGUAUGUUUUUAUAAUGUCGUGAGUGUCUACUGGAGUAUCAUUUUACUUUUUUGAGGAGCAUAUAUAUGAUCAACCUGAUCUUAGUUUUAACCGUUCAUUCAUGUUAUAACUUGUUUGUCGUUGACAGCUAUGGAUAAUCCUAUUGCAAUUAAUAAUACUUUACUUGCCCCA